UCUCCAAUCUUUUAGUGCGGGUUUCUCAUUAUCAUCACUACCAAGAGCAUUUCGCUUUAUCUGUCAAUAACUUUAUUUAUCAUCCUCGAAUUCAUUUGGUUUCGUUGUAGGUCAUCUACUCUGACCAAUAUGUGAUAUUCAUUCGCAUCUGUUAUUUUCGCCUGCUGCGUAUCUGUAAUUUGGUUCUGCAAUGUCAAUUUAUGCCAAAAAAAAGAACGAGAGAAAGAAACCUUACACAUUUGUUUAUUGAAUUGAUUCAUGGAAAUGUACAGUUUUUUCCCUUUCGAUGCUAAUGGAAAUAGUUUAUAUGAAGAGAGCCUUUGAGCGGUUGUGGUUUUUUUUUUUUUUUGUAUGUUAUUGAUUAAGUCGAGAGCAAGAAAUAAUUUUUGUGGUUAGGAAGCCUUACUUCGCUGGUUUUAUUUUUGCAUAUUGAAGAGUAAACCGUCAAAUGUCAAUAUUAGGUGUGGUAUGAAGCAAGCAUGCAGUAACUUAAGCGAUGCAAGCGUCUCAAGCCUUGAUGGAUGUUUGGAUAAGACAUGGAAAACAAAUUAUUUCUUUCUGCUAUCCAUAUCAUUUCUAGGAAUUCUCUAGGAAAUUGGGGGACUUGCUACGAGUUCUAGAACUGGCCUCAAAUACCUUUCUGAUGCGAGCUCUUCGAAAUAAGCAUAAAUUUUAAAAAUGUUAUGGUAGAGGUGCAUGGUUUUAUGAAUGAAACGUGAGCAAUGCGGAUCCCUUAGUACCAUGGGCUCUUAGAAAUUUAUAAUGAUGCCUUUUCUUGUAUUGUAGAAGUAUGGGUAUCCGAGCUCGAAAUGCUAGUGAUCGCUUGAGGACAAUUUGGACACCUGAAAUGGAUCGGUAUUUCAUUGACCUCAUGUUAGAGCAGGUUGGCAAAGGAAAUAGAUUUGAUGAUCAUUUAUUCAGCAAAAGAGCAUGGAAGCAUAUGACCUUAUUGUUCAAUGCAAGAUUUAAAUUUCAGUAUGAAAAAGAUGUUCUGAAAAACCGUCACAAAACACUAAGGAAUCUGUACAAGGCUGCAAAGAAUCUCCUUGACCAGAGGGGUUUUAGUUGGGAUGAAAAGCGUCGAAUGGUGACAGCUGAUAACAGUAUCUGGGACGAUUAUAUCAAGGUACACCCAGAUGCUCGUUCAUUCAGAAUCAAAAGCAUUCCAUAUUACAGUGAUUUAUGCACGAUAUACGGAAAUGCAACCUCUGAACAAAAAGGUAACAGUGUGCCAGAAUUAACAUUACCCACCUGUGAGAAUGGAACAAACUCAGCCACACAGCCAACAGAUGCUAGCGAAGUAGCUGCAGUGGCUCUUCCUGAAAUUCUGAUUGAUGAAGAUUAUGGAAUCUCUAUAUCAGAAAAAGUAGAUGAUGAUCCACUACCUUUGCCAAAUAUAAGUGAAACCACGAUAGGUAGCCGGUCCAGGACUUACUGGCAGCCACCGAUGGACCGUUAUUUUAUUGACCUUAUGCUAGAUCAAGUGCAGAAAGGAAACCGGGUUGAUGGUGUAUUCAGCAAACAAGCAUGGAUGGAGAUGAUUGCAUUUUUUAAUACUAAAUUUGGCUUUGACUAUGGCAUGGAUAUUCUAAAGAAUCGCUAUAAAACUUUGCGAAGGCAAUAUAACGUCAUUAAAAACCUUCUUGACUUGGAUGGUUUUGCAUGGGAUGAUACACGGCAAAUGGUGAUUGCCGAUGACUAUGUCUGGCAAGAUUAUAUCAAGGCACAUACCGAUGCACGACAAUUCAUGACUCGACCAGUGCCAUACUAUAAAGAUUUGUGUGUGAUAUGUGAUCCUAAUGCCGACGAAAGAGACUGCUUUCUAGGUUUAGAGCUGCAAAAUGAAGUUGACCAAGUCAAGAUAGGAAGAGUGCCAAAUACUUCUCAAUCUCCAGCCACAUCUUUUUCCAGCGAAGACCAAGUUGGUGAUGAGCAGGAAUCCACACAUACAGACCAGAAGAACAAGCGUCAAUUGGAAAACUGGUUAGAUUCUGGUCAAUUUAAAAAGUCGUGCCACAGAGAUGAGAGCAUGGUUAGUGCUCUUCGUGAAAUGGCUAGUGCGGUUUCUUCUCUAUCAGAUAAGAAGAAAGAUGAUGAGAACUCUAACUCCAUCCCGAUAGAGAAUGUGAUUGAAGCAGUUCAAGCGUUACCAGACAUGGAUGAAGAUUUUAUAUUGGAUGCCUGUGAUUUCCUGGAGGAUGAAAAGAAGGCAAAAACUUUUCUAGCAUUGGAUGUUAAAUUACGAAAAAAAUGGUUAGUGAGGAAACUUCGCCCUCAGCCACAGGAGUAGGAUUUCUGGAAGUUCUCUGUACUGUACUUUGCCAAAUCAUGAGCAUACGCGAAUUUUCUAA